GAUGGACGCCUGACAUUUUAUCCUGGAAAUCAGACUGUGGAUUUACCUUUCAUAAAUUUUAUGAAAAGAUACGGCACUGUCUUUCUCAAUGCCUAUACCAAUUCUCCAAUUUGUUGUCCUUCCCGUGCAGCGAUGUGGAGUGGUCUUUUCAUUCAUUUAACAGAGUCUUGGAAUAACUUCAAAGGUCUAGAGCCGGGUUAUGUAACAUGGAUGGAUCUCAUGGAGAAGAAUGGCUACUACACACAGAAGUAUGGGAAAUUGGACUAUACUUCUGGACAUCAUUCAGUAAGUAACCGUGUGGAAGCUUGGACUAGGGAUGUUGACUUCCUGCUCCGGCAAGAAGGGAGACCCAUGGUAAACCUGACUGGUGAUAGGAAGUAUGUAAGAGUGAUGGAAGCAGAUUGGCAGAAUACUGAUGAAGCAGUAAAUUGGAUAAAGAAAGAAGCCAUUAACCUUACUCAACCGUUUGUUCUUUACUUGGGGCUGAAUUUGCCACACCCAUAUCCAUCACCCUAUGCAGGAGAAAAUUUUGGAUCCUCUACAUUUUUAACAUCUCCCUAUUGGCUUGAAAAGGUAACUUAUGAAGCUAUUAAGAUACCCAAGUGGUCUUCUCUUUCAGACAUGCAUUCAGUAGACUAUUACUCAUCUUACACCAAGAAUUGCACAGGAGAGUUUACAAAGCAAGAAGUGAGAAAUAUUAGAGCAUUUUAUUAUGCUAUGUGUGCAGAGGCAGAUGCCAUGCUUGGUGAGGUUAUUUCAGCUCUGAGAGAUACUGGGCUUCUUAAAAAAACAAUCGUUAUAUUCACUGCAGAUCACGGAGAACUUGCUAUGGAACACCGGCAGUUCUAUAAAAUGAGCAUGUAUGAAGGAAGUUCCCAUGUUCCUCUUUUAGUUAUGGGGCCAGGCAUAAAAAACCAGCAGCAAAUAUCAAAUGUAGUAUCUCUCGUGGAUAUAUAUCCUACUAUGCUUGAUAUAGCAAGAAUUCCUGUCCCACAGAACCUCAGUGGAUAUUCUCUUAUACCACUGCUAUGUGGGAAGGCUGAGAACGGAGUGUCACCCAAAGGGCAUCGGCCCUCUUGGGUGUUGAGUGAGUUCCAUGGAUGCAAUGUAAAUUCUUCCAUGUACAUGCUUCGAACUGGCAAAUGGAAAUAUAUCACGUACUCAGAUGGCCAUUCAGUACUUCCACAGCUGUUUGAUCUUACUGCUGAUCCAGAUGAGCUAACAAACAUUGCCGUAAAAUUCCCAGCAAUGGUACGUUCCUUGGACAAAAUACUCCGCUCUAUAGUAAACUACCCGAAAGUUUCUUCUUCUGUUCAGGAGUAUAACAAAAGACAGUUUAUCAGCUGGAAGCAAAGUUUGGGUCACAAUUACUCAAAUGUUAUUGCCAACCUUAGGUGGCAUCAAGACUGGUUAAAGGAACCAAAAAAAUAUGAGAAUGCAAUUGACAAAUGGCUUAGUCAAAAACAUGAAGGCUAA